GGCGGGAGGAGGGAGGGGAGCGGGAGACGGCCAUGGACGACUUGGGCUGCCCGCGGUGCAAGACCACCAAGUACCGCAACCCCUCCCUGAAGCUGAUGGUCAACGUCUGCGGGCACACGCUAUGUGAGAGUUGUGUGGAGCUGCUGUUUGUGAGAGGGGCUGGGAACUGCCACGAGUGUGACACCCCCCUGAGGAAGAGCAACUUCAGGGUACAGCUCUUUGAGGAUCCUGCUGUCGACAAGGAAGUGGAGAUCCGGAAGAAAGUGCUGAAAAUAUACAAUAAAAGAGAGGAAGAUUUUCCCACUCUAGAUGAAUAUAAUGAUUUCUUGGAAGAAAUAGAAGAAAUUGUAUUCAACUUGACCAACAAUGUGGACUUGGAGAACACCAAAAAGAAAAUGGAGCUGUAUCAAAAGGAUAACAAAGAAGUCAUUCAGAAGAAUAAGUUAAAACUGACUCGGGAGCAGGAGGAGCUGGAGGAGGCUCUGGAGGUAGAGCGGCAGGAGAGCGAACAAAGGCGGCUGUUCAUGCAGAAGGAAGAACAGCUACAGCAGAUGAUAAAAAGGAAGAAGAAACAGGAACUCCUGGAUGAUCUGGAGAGCUCUGAUCUUCCUGCCUCUCUGCUCUUAGCUCAGCAUAAGGACAGAUCUACUCAGCUAGAAAUGCAGCUGGAAAAACCCAAACCUGUCAAGCCAGUCACAUUUUCCACUGGCAUCAAAAUGGGUCAGCAUAUUUCAUUAGCUCCCAUUCAAAAAUUAGAGGAAACUUUAUAUGAAUAUCAGCCUCUGCAAGUGGAGACAUAUGGACCACAAGUUCCAGAGCCUGAAAUGUUGGGAAAGCUGGGGUACCUCACCCACGUUCGAGCCGCCUCUCCGCAGGACCUGGCUGGGGGCUACACGUCCUCCCUGGCUUGUCACCGGGCCCUGCAGGACGCUUUCAGCGGGCUCUUCUGGCACCCCAGUUAGCCAGGGAGCAGCAGCCUGUGCCCAAGGGACAGCCAGCGGGGCGAGGAGCGACCCAGGGCAGCAGAGGCGGGGCGGGAUCGCCGCCGUGUGCCCCGGCCGGGCUGCGCUCCCUGCUCCGCGCCCCCCUCUGCUGCACAACCGGCUGCGCUUCAGUGGAAAAGGGAAAAACCAACCCCCCUCUGCUCCAGAGCUUCGUAAAAUGGUAGAUACAUUCUUGUGGAGGGGAAACUCGUUAGUCAUGUGGCACUUUGCUGAGGGAGGCUGAAGAAAUAAGCCACAUCUAAUGGAAGAUGUGAAUAACUCAGCUGUGUAUGUUUGAGGCUUAAAGAAAUACACUUGUAAAUUUUUUUUUAAAUAAAGCCAGACUUUAAUAAAGUUUGUGGUUUUACUCUUAUUGCAGGGUUUUAUUUGCACAAGCAUUUAAAUGCCAUUUUGAUUAUAACAUUUAGUGUCAAUAUUCAAGCCUGCAUUUUCUUCCCAUAAAGCUAGUUUUCCCAGUUUAGACAAGUGGGUUUUUCCUCCUGCCAGCUGGAUGAGACAAGAAACUCUGGAAAUAUGCUGACACAGCUCUUGUGUGGGAUCUUUCCUCCGUGUGCCACUUGGUUCUUACCUUUGCUUGGAAGAAAAGCUUUAGCUCAAGGUUUACAGCUGAGGUGCUCUAAAAGCAAUCUAAGAAACCUCGAUACAAGGUGAAGUCACUGAAGUAGUCAAAAUUGUGGGGUUCCCUUUUGGGGUUUGUGUGUUUGUUUUGCUUUUGUAUGUUUGCUUUUUCCUGUUUCUCUCCAUUUGCAACUUUUCUGUUAUAAACUCAGGAGUUUCUUUAGGUGGGAACAUCCCUUUGGCUUUGGGGAUGAUCCCUGCCACCUGAUGUGAUCCUUUUUGUAUUCCUUGCCUGCUCCUUGUAACGGAGCCUUGACCAACUGCAGGAGGUGGGAAGCUGCUCAGGACAGCCACCUUGGGCCAUGUUUUACAGGCUGCCUGCUCACAGCUGUUGAAUCCUGUUCUGAGGAGUGCACUAGAUGGAUGUAUUUUUCUAUACUGUAAUAAAGAGAAGAAUGAGAUCGA